AUGCAAGUUAAAAAUUUGGUUGGUAUGUGGCUAGAGACAGGUGGCCAAAUGAGUUUUGACUCAGAAUAUCUAUUGGAAGACUUCGUACUACGCUAUCGCGAGCAGCUGCGCACGGUGCGUUUGGUAGAGCCAAUCGCUGACAUUAGUACGCUCGUCUCGUGUUGGAAUAUACGUUCUGUGGAUAUGAACGGCAAUGCAGACGUAUAUAGCAUCCGCGCCCUUGGCGACUGUCGGAGUCUGCAGAGUCUGUCCACGUCACAAUGUGGUGAAGUCAAGGACAUAGCAGCUCUUGCUACUUUACCGGCUCUGCACACACUUGAUGUGAGCGGCAAUAGGUAUUUGCAGCCUCUGUCUUCUUGCACGACAAUAGUCAAAUUGGAUAUAAGUGAUAGCGUUAGUUUAACGGAUAUAAGCCCUCUUCGCUUCCUUCAAAAUCUGCGUGAGCUGGACCUGACCUAUUGCCUCGAACUUAGUGAUUUCAGUCCCUUGGCCGCGUGUACCGCACUGCAAUCACUGAACAUAAACCGUACGGCGACAUCUGCCCUCUCCAAUCCUGUGUAG